AUGGCGCCGAAACCGAGAACAGCACAGCCGUCCUCGCCAGACACUAACCCACGCCACACGAAGCCCGAGUAUCUGUUUUACAAGAGCAUGAGAGAUGGCAUUCCCAGUUUCGACGUCCUGGUCAUGUCCCGGCGCAGCCUUCACAAGAGAUCUGCUAUGCAACAGAUCAGCAUAGGGAAUAUCGUUCCAAGUACAACAGAAGGAUUUUACAUACACAACUUCGACGGCGUCACUCUCGAACUCAAAUCGCUUGCCAGAGUCACAUUUCGCACCAGGGAUCUGGUGAUAUCCGAGGCAAGGGCUUGCUAUGCACCGAAGACAUGUGGUUUCCUUGCGUAUCGAUCUGAGGACGGCUUGCAGAUCCUUAAGCUCUGCCUAAGUGGCGACAAGCUCAGACCUCAUCGCGCCGCCAAUAACGACUUUGGACUAUGCUCACGCAAGUGGACCAAACACGUGAAAACCCUUGCGCAACUCCUUGGGGUCAAUAUGCGAACCCUCUACGACGGCCAUGGGCGCCAGGCUAGGGAGGAAGAUAGAGGAAAUUGGGCCGCAGCUCAUUGCGAGAAAAGGCUAACCGCCUUCGCUGUGCACGCAUUUCUCCAGUACUACAAAAUCCCAAGAAGUCAAGUCACGCUCCAAACUCUGGCCGAGUUGAAAAACUGCCUUGAAAGAGAAAGCAGAACGCCGCUGGAGUUAGAACUUCAUGUUUCACGAGGGCCCUGCGGCAUGCCAAAACGCCCUGGGACCUGUGUCAAGUUUGUUGAGAGACUUGGGAGGGCCUGCGGUAUCAGGUUCGAUAUCGUCUUCUUUGAGGACGGCUCCAAUCUCAUUGUCGACGAAUCCGUCCCACGAAUAAGACGCCACACGAAGAAACACAGAAGCGACAGGACUAUUGGUCGAGCAGAUGUGUACAACUCAGAGGAGGAGGACUUCCUGGUGGAAUAUUCAGAUAACCUAGCGGAUGUCUCGCCUGAUGAUGGUUGCGGCAUGAUGAUGGAUGGAAACCAAGAGGCCACCCAAGUUGCUGACCUUGAGAUUAUUGACCUCGAUUCGGAAAUCAUCUCCCCACCUGGCAAAGACUCAGAAGGCAAACUAGUAAGUACCCAGGGCAUGGUAUCGCACGAGUCUAGGGGUCGAGAAAAGAGGGCCAGAGCUAGCCAACAUCUUCACGAGGCAAGAGAGAGGACCCCAAAAGCCUCUGCAGCUAAGCGGUUAGGGUCGAGAGGAGAUGUUCAUCAAACAGGACGCAAGGUGAAAAUCGCCGAGAAAUCCCCCUCUCCGGUCCAGAUGAACGAAAUCGGCUGCCGUCAAUUCACCUUUUGUUGGAACAGGGGGUUCUGUCUGUGCUCCUCACCCCUGGGAUCUCAGCCCAAGGACCCUUCUUCCUGGAUGCAAGAAUUGGAGAACCCUUGA